CAUCUUCCCUUCCUACUAGGCAGGAAAAAAAAAUCCCCAACAUCAUGUCUUUCCACGACUGCUGCUGCAGUGUCCCCACUGGACCCGCCACCACCAUCUGCUCUUCUGACAAGUGCUGCCGAUGUGGAGUCUGCCUGCCCAGCACCUGCCCACAUACCACUUGGCUGCUGGAGCCCACCUGUUGUGACUGCUGCCCACCCCCUUGCCACAUCCCUCAGCCCUGUGUGCCCACAUGCUUCCUGCUCAAUUCUGCCCAGCCCCUCCCAAGCCUGGAGAACCUGGACCUGACCACAUACACCCAGCCUUGCCCCUGUGAGCCCUGCCUCCCCUGUGGCUGCUGAGCUCUGGCUGCCUUUGCCCAGAGCCUGGCAACACCUACAAGACGCCUAUGCUGUAUUGACCUGCUUCAGUAGCCACAGUCAAUUUCAAUCAUUUGUUAGGAAGGGGGCCACAUGUGGCAGAACCACUUUCAACAACAAUGCAAAGGAAAUAGCAAAGCCCCCAAUGGUAACCUGGAAAAUGGACAAGUGAAUGUCACUUGCCCUUCUAAGGAUACUAAGACUGAUGCAUAUGAUUAUUUUGGGUAUUUGGGGUUUUCGUUUAUAAUCUUUUAUGUCUUCCUGUAGACUAAGGAGUUUUCUUCUGAAUUUCUAAUAAAUUUUUCCCCUCUCUGGC